AUAGAUUCUAAGGUGGAACCAACAUGGCUGGGCAAGUAAGUCUGACGAUAAUAAUCAUUCUCAUGAAUUUGGCAGAGUACACAAGAGGAGUAAACUUAUGGUGUUACGAAUGUAAUACCGAUAUAAGCAACGGACACACAAGAGAAUGCAACGAUCCUUACAUUCCAACACCGUACUUCGACUUAGUUCUCUGUCCACAAAACGAGUCGCAGCAUUGUCUCAAAAGCGUCAUCGAUUAUGGGAACGUGCUGGUGACGGUGCGAGGUUGCGUGCCGUCUCGAGAAAUCGAUGGAUACUGCCAACCAACGGAAUAUUUUCCAGGAUCCAACAUUAUGUGUUCUUUCUGUGCAGACUACGCUUGCAAUAGCCAAAGUUCCAUAGAUAUUUUCAUUUUGCAAUAUUUAGUCUUAUCUUUAAUUUUAAUCAAUGUAAUAUCAUACUUACACUUAUUGUAG